AUGCCCGACAGCAUCGAGGACGACGACAGCAUCUCUGUCACGUCAACAGUACUGAGCGAACCAAAGUCAGAAUAUGAAGUUGAAUGCAUCCUUACGGAACUGAUGUUCCCGGAUGGUGUCAAGUAUCUAGUCAAAUGGGAAGGCUACCCUGUUGAGAGAUCAACCUGGGAACCGGAAGACUCUUUCGCCGACCCCCAGACUCUGAAAGACUGGGGGGCUAAGAAGAAAGCCAUAGACCGUGGGGAUGAAGAGGAGUUCGAUCUUGAAACGUGGGAGAAUCGACUAGAAGCGCUGGAAGAUGCCAGGGACGAAAGGAAACGCAAACGAAGAGCCAAACGGGCCAGGCUCGGGCUACCGGUGUACGAGACGGAAGCAAGAAAAGAAGAUGAGAGCGACAGCAGCACUUCGAGCGAUGAACCACUAAGUGCCCUUCGAUCAAGACUACAUGAAAAUAGACGAUCAUCUUCGGAUAGCUCUCUGCAGACCUCCAGACAGCUCGAGUCGAGAGUUACAGAUUCGGCCAGUCUUACACAUGAGCAGGGACCAAUGGCACAAUCUAACUCCACAAACUCCAAGGAUGAUGAGUCUUCCAGUGUGCAGCACGGCGGUAAACAUGCACCCCAAUCUGUUCCAGCACAACCGGUUAACCGUCAUUGCAACCCUGGUUCCACGGUAACACCGUCUAGAAGCAAAACCUCUACACACACAAGUGCACCCCUCCUUCUGCCUAGAGGCCCUGCUCGUGACCAAAGAAGCCUGGCCGAAGGGAAUGAUAAUAACGAGAAACCUACACUCUUCAGAAAUAUCUCUACCAGGUGGAAAUACGAGAAAGCACUACGUUUUGAGCCUGCCCCUGAUAUCACACAAUUGGACCUACGACGGCCAUCAGAUUGGGCGGCAAGUCCAAGUGUGCUAAAUACGGAUAUUAUACGCCCUAUCAGACGUGCAGAAUCCAACGAGCUCUUUGUAAGACAAGAUACUCCUCAGGCCACUUCGGCCAAGGCAGAGAGCAUACCUCAGGAAGAUUUGCGCCUAGAUGCACCUUCAGAGCCGUCUCGUCCUGCUUCAUCAACCCUAGGAGGUCCCCCACCUCGAGGCCCUAGGCGGUCUACGCUUGCGGGCCCUGCUCACAGAAGUGAUUCCAAACCAGGUUCCCACGAAGUAGAGGUGCGGUUGUUCUAUGGCCCGGAGAAGACCAGAGUUGGUUCAGUGGUCAUAUGCGGCAUCAAUGAGCUUACCAAGCUCAAGAUCACCAGCUCGAGUAAGGCAAAGGACGUUGAGGUCUGGUUUGAACACCUGUGUACUAUCGACCAGUAUGACUACUUAUGCUCGAAGUUAUCAAAACCAAAAAAUGCGAAAUUCUGCAAUGGCUGGGUUGAAGGCUAUUCAUAUAAUACCCGAUAUAUCAGUGAAAUGGCGAAGACAUUGCGAGACGGCAGUCUUGUCGGUAUCUGUUACCUAAACACUGUAGGGACCAAAAAUGUCUUGCUAGCCUAUGCUACUGGAUCGGCGGAAUGGGACUUUCUCAACGAAAAUGGGUAUAUCAAACCAGGCGUUUCGUUGCGUAUUGCCGCAAGAGCGCCCCUGCCUCCUAUCAGCGAACUGCGCAGAUUACCAACCAUCAAAACCAGCACGGCUUCUCAACCAGUGUUACCCACAGAAGGGCCAACCUCUGUUACGGUUGAUACACCCUCCGGCCCUGUGACUAUGAGGGAGGAUCCACAGUUCAAUAAAGAUACCGAGAUGAAGGAUUCCGUCAUGACAGACAACUCCAUCGAUCUCGACGCUAUCUUUAGCAGCCAAUACAGCAUCAGCUUCCGGGAACUCGCAUCAGUAAACGGGUCAAAAUCUAAGACCCCAGCCCAAGUUUUCUACGUAUGGUAUCCAGAUAGCGCAGAAGCCGAGUACCAGGUACUCGUGGAAUUCCUGAAAAGGCACAAGGUCGUUAUAUACUCAAACCGGCUUCCGGAAGACUGGGAGCGAUUUGCGCGAACGGUUUCUCACGGGGUCGUUAUGUUCUAUGGUGACUUUCUGAGUUUUUAUGAUCUGCCUUACUUCCUGGACUUGACGCGGAAAGAAAUAAAUUUUUGGAGCGUGUCCUUGGCUGCUCCGUUGCCGUACGCAGAUGGAACAGCACAUCUUCAGCGCCUCUUUCCUCACGGCGGAGUCAUCCUCCUUACGGAAGAUCUUUUUCUCUACGACCAAGACUGCGUGGUAGUGAUCUUAGCAUGGUUUGAGGAAUUCGUCCGGAGGAGGUCUCCCGGUAGCUGGAAGAUUAUGUUUCGUCCUGAUAUUCUGAACUGGCUACUUAAGAAGACGGACGACUGGCUGGAUAUGUAUGUUCUUAUUCUCAAAAUGCUACCUCGUCGGUAUCACUACCACCAUGACCCUCAAAACCCGCCGCAUCUCGAAGGCGCUCGAGAAGAGGACGGGACCCAUAACCCGGUCAUCUCGUUUCGCAGUAUACCCAGCUAUGGUCACCGUCAGGAGGACGAACACGAUGCUAUCCCCAAAGGGUUAAGACAAGAUCAGCGCGAUACUGAUCAUCUAGUCGAGUUCUUCGCGGGCUGGAGCAUCAUCAACAGCCAUAGAUUCCGCCGCUUCAUCGUGGCGUCUCAUUACUCACAAGAAAGAUGGAAAGCAUGGAACCACGUAAGUACCUUCUACAUCAUAUACAUCUUCAUAGUCCAAUAG